UAAGAUCUAACCGUCCGAUGGGUUUCAUUUUAAUAUAUGUUGAUAUUCGUGGCGAGGGCUUCGUAUCGGUAUAUUGGUCGGCCAUUUUUGGCCGGCCGGCGGCGGUCGCCGGCGGUGGCAGUGUGUUGGAAAGAAAAGAAAAAAAAAAGAAAAGAAAAAGAAAGAAAAGAAAAGAAAAGAAAAGAAAGGAAAAAGAAUAAAAGGAAAUAAAAAUAAAAAAAAUAAAUAAAAUAUAAGGAAAAAGGAAAUGAGGGCUUUUGGGGUUGGGCAUGUCGGGUUAGGUUUUAGCCUAGGAUGGCGGGGCCCGAUUGGGUUUUAGGAUGGCCCAAUGUGUUGGGCAUGACUGACCCAGUUGUGGCAGCCCUUGGGCUGGCCCACUCGGCUUGUUCUCCCUUGUCGCUUGUCCGGGAACCUAGGAUGACUUGGUUAGGUUGGUCCUACUCGGGAUAUCGAUGUCAGUUUAAUUUGGGUUCUCUUUAGGUCUCCUAGAAUUGGCGAUAUGAUUGGCGAGUCAUUUUGUUGAUCGGAGUCCUAAGGAUGAAGCCCUAUUAGACGACUCGAGGCCGAGUAAGACUGACCCCGAGUGCGUUCUAGGCUAGCCUAUGAUGAUGACGUGGGUUUAUUUCGAAUCCUGAUUUCUGAUGGAUUCCUUUUUAUCUGAGGCUAGAAUAUUGCAAUUUAUUCCUUUUAAACUAUUUAUUAAAUUAUUAAUUAAUUAUUAAGUUUUCAAGAAAAUUUAUCAAUUUAGUUAUAAAUAUAUAUAUGUAUGUAUUUUUGAUAAAGGAGGAAUUUAGAUAAAAAAUAUAUUAUCUAUAUUAAAAGAAAACUAGUUUAUGGGUAAAUAUAUAUAUAUAUAUAUAUUAUGAUAUUGCAGCCUAUAAGUGGGUGUGUAGUUCCACUAUACACUUACGCGUAGCAAGCAAAGCGAGACAUGAUGACGUAGUAGAUGGCUUAGCUCGAUGAAUUCCAUGACGCCAGAUUUGAAUAUUGCGCGGGCCAAGGCUCAGAUUCUCAGGAUUUUGUUCGAUCUUCUCCCCAGACUCGGACUUGAGUCAUCAUUUCCCAGGGAAUUCUCCUUUUGAUUAUUGGUCCAGCAGAUCUUCUGGGAUGAUACCUACUCGUUCUCGGACAGCAUCCAGGCAGACAGAUUCUUUAGGGGGUGAUCAGGCUCCUCAGCCCUCACCUACCAACGGUUACACGGUCAGAGGCCGUGGACGAGGUCGUGGCGAACGACGUGGCCGAGGCCGAGGCCGAGGUAGAGGCCGGGGCCGUGGUUCGGGUCGCAGUGGAGUUGACUUUGAUGGUAGUACUCCGGCGAGAGAUAGGGACCAGCUGAUUAUUGACUCCUUGGCAAACAUCACGGUGCUGUUGACAAAUAUAGUUAAUUCUCAGAGACAGCCAGAGGCGCCAGGGGGUGUGAGCCCUGAUACUAGGGUUGGUGGCGGCACUGGAGAUGGCACCGAGGAUGGCACUAGAGGUGGCACUAGUGGCGGCACUGGCGACGGUGCUGUGGCUGGUGGCGCCAGGGGCGCCGUUAGCGGUGGCGCUGCAGGUGUUGCCGUCGGCACUGGUGAUGCAGGCGAGACUAGGGGACAGCCUCCAGUGGACCUUCCAGUGGACCCUGAGGCCGUUGGGAUAGAUUAUGAGUUUGAGCGGUUUAUGGGUCUGAAGCCGCCCCAGUUCAGAGGUGCGAGAGAUAAGGCUGAAGAGUUUUUGGAUCAGUUGGACAAACUGAAGAGAGGUUCUCGCAUACAUGGCUACCGGAUGGUGGAGCUCACCUCUUUUUGUCUUCAUGGUGAGGCGAGCGUGUGGUAUGAUGUAUUGAAGAGACGGCGGGGUGAUGCCCCGUUAGGGUGGGCUGAGUUCAAGAGACUAUUUUUGGCAAAAUAUGUCUCUAGCACUAUGAGAUUCCAGAGGGCCCAGCAGUUUGAGGCCCUAAGACAGACCCCAGAUAUGAGCGUUGAGCGUUAUGAUGCGUUAUUCACUGAGCUCUCACAGUUUGCACCUGCUUUGGUUCCUACGGAGCAGGACAGGAUUACACGCUUUAUAUCUCGAUUGAUCGAGCCGUGGUUCAGGAGUUUGCACGCCACUCGUUUUGGCACGUAUGAGGAGGCAGUUGAUAGUGCCUUAGCCCUUGAGGCACGAGCAGCAGAGGAGAGGGCAGCUAGAGACUUGAAGAGGGUUAGAGGCGACGCUGGUACUUCCUUCUCUUCUGGGAAGAAGGGGAAGGGCACGACGAGUUUGCAGCCGUUGGCAGUACGCCACCAUUUCCUUCAUUGCCUGCGCCCCCUUCCCAGAGACAGCAGCAGCAGCGGCAGUGGCAGCAGAGACAGGAAGAGAGGCCCCUAUGUCCGACAUGUAAGAAGAGACACUCAGGGGUGUGCAGGUAUGCGAAGGCCCCGAUUACAUGCUUUAGGUGUGGACAGUCAGGUCACAUCCAGAGGGAUUGUUCACAGCUAGGGCGAGGCCCUCCAGGACGACAGGCUCCAGCUCAGCAGCCGACAUCUAGAGCUCAGAGCAGCGCUCCCCAGCCUCGAGGGGGACAUGGCCCACAGAGUCAGCCGAGGGUCUAUCAUAUGACGACUCAGGAUGCCCAGGCAUCCAAUCAGGUGGUGACAGGCUCAGAUUCUCAGGAUUUUGUUCGAUCUUCUCCCCAGACUCGGACUUGAGUCAUCAUUUCCCAG